AUGCAGUCCCAAGAGCACCUGCAGCAGCGUCGGAAAUUUGCAGCUGCCUUCUUGGCGUUGAUUUUCAUCUUGGCAGCUGUGGACAAUGUGGAAGCUGGGAAGAAAGAGAAGUCAGAAAAAAAAGUGAAGAAGUCGGACUGUGGGGAGUGGCAGUGGAGCGUGUGUGUACCCACCAGCGGGGACUGUGGACUGGGCACCCGGGAGGGCACCCGGACUGGAGCCGAGUGCAAGCAGACCAUGAAGACCCAGCGAUGUAAGAUUCCCUGCAACUGGAAGAAGCAGUUUGGAGCGGAGUGCAAAUACCAGUUCCAAGCGUGGGGAGAAUGUGACCUGAACACUGCCCUGAAGACCCGAACUGGCAGCCUGAAGCGAGCCCUGCACAACGCCGACUGCCAGAAGACCGUCACCAUCUCCAAGCCCUGUGGGAAGAUGACCAAGUCCAAACCCCCAGCGGAAUCGAAGAAGAAGAAAAAGGAAGGCAAGAGGCAGGAGAAGAUGCUGGACUGA